AUGGAGACAUUACUAGCGCAUUCAUUCGAUUAUCUCUCUUCCUAUGAGCCAAGUAAAGUCCGCAAGGGCCUACGCCAGGUGGAAGGUCUUCUUGCACAGAUCUGUUUAUCCAAGUCGAAACAGCCAGUGUCUGAUAAACGAAAGUCGUUGCUCUCGUUUGGUGCUCCACCACCAGUGCCCAAGGCUCUAUGCGACUUGAAGGAUGAUCCCGCGUUUCGUGAAUUUUUCAAGUUACAAGAUGGCUUCCAAUGGAAUGUCGCAUUGCGCCUGGUAACUUGUUUGGAGCAUCUGCUGGGUCGCGGAACCAAUGGCACCAAUGGCACCAAUGACCUGCUGAUCUUGUCGACUCUCGAUUUAAUUCAAGGCGUGCUCCUGCUUCAUCCACCAUCGCGAACGCUUUUCGUUCGUGAAAUUUACAUGAACCUGCUUCUCGACCUUCUCGAUCCCGUCAAUUGCCCAGCAGUCCAAUGCGCGACCCUCCUUACGCUUGUCACCGCUCUUUUAGACAAUCCAGCCAACACGCGAACAUUUGAAGAGCUGGACGGAUUGCUCACAGUGACUUCGCUGUUCAAGCAGCGUUCCACCUCCCGUGAGGUCAAGCUUAAGCUGGUUGAAUUCCUCUAUUUCUAUCUGAUGCCGGAGACCCCCACGUAUCCUAUGAGACCCGGGGCAAGCGCACCAAAUACGGCAGUUCUGGGUCAUCAUCGCAGUCCGAGCAAAAUGGCCGCCACCCCAUAUUCGCGAAGUCUCAAUGUCUCUGCGUCGGGGCAUGGUGGAAAGGGCAAUGGUGAGACGCGUACGACAGAAGAGAAGCAAGCCCUCCUGGGUCGGUUUCUCAACAACGUCGAAGACCUGGUGGAGGACUUGAAGGAGACGGCUCCUUUUGGUGCGACGGUUUAUUAG